GUGCCCGCAUCGGUGGCAGCUGCGGGGGGCGUGCUAGGGCAGAGGGAGGAGUACCUGGGAGGAGGCGGGGGCGGGGUGCACAUGGCGGCGUCAUUCGCUCCGGGUACCUCCCCCGGAGGAGCAGGGGGCUUCUGGCCAGCAGCGCAUCACCACCAGCAGCAGCAACAGCAACAGCAACAACAGGCUGCAGCGGCGGCAGCGGCAGCAGCAGCAUCACUGGCCGCACUGCUGACCGCAGCUCGCAAGGACCGCACCUCCUUCCUGACCCUGGUGGCGGACUGCAUCACACGCGCCACCACCACCACACCCUACGGCGCCCCUGCUGGUAACGCCAACAGCAACACCUGUACGGCAACAGCAACAUGCGAUGUCGUACCGUGGGACGAGCAGGUGUUGGAGGGUGUACGGCAGCUCAACCGGCUGCGCUCCGUGCUAGCCCGCUCGGUGCUGCAGUGGGCGGCGAGGCUGCAGGACCCGGCGGGCUUCGCGGCGCACUACAGCCGCCUGACAGGCCGCCUGGCGUUCCGCCCGCAGCCCGCAUCUGCUGCUGCCCCAGCAGCUGCCACCGCCUCGCCGUCCCUACCUGCCGCGGGCGCCACCUUGCUUCCCACCUCCACCAGCACCGCCGCCAUUACCACCGCAUCGGAGGUGGCUACCCUGCUAGCAUCCUCCGGUGUUGCUGGUGGUGUUGCCGGUACCGGUCGGCAGCUCUCCAACCUGAGCUCCGCCAGCAAUGCCUCCCUCGCCUCCCUCGCCACAACCACCACCACCACCACCACCAAUGCGACCACCAUAUCAACCACUAUUACAACCGCCACAACCACCACCUCAACAGCAACCAUCCAGGGCUUCACGGUAGCCGCAGGCUUAACUGCUACUGCUGCUGUCGGUGCUGCUUGCACCGUCUCGGCAAUGCAGCCUGGAACGACCGCCGCAGGGGCGAACCCCAUUGCCACUGCCGCCGGUGUUGCAUCGGCCUCUGGUGAGGCGUCUGUGUCGCUCUCCAGCGCCGGGCCCCCCGCGGCGGCGGCACUGCGGCCGGGUCUGCUGGCCUCGCAGCCCUCCCUCAGCUUGGCAGAGGCCAGCAGCGCCGCCACGGCGGCAGAGCAGCAGCAGCAGGGGCAGCAGGGGCUGGUGGCGGCGAGUGCGGAGACGAGCUCAGAGCCCGCCGCCCACUCGCUGCCCAUCCCCAUCGUGCCGCACCCGCACGGGCCGCUGCUGGUGGGGCAGCUGGCGGAGCUGCUGGUGGCGCAGGAGCUGCGGGGCGGGGGGCUGAUGCUGGAGGGCACGCGGAGUCUGCUGGCUGGCGGGGCAGCAGUGCCUGCAGCGGCAGCACCUGCCGCCGCAGCAGGAGGUGCGAGUGUGGGCAGCAACAGGUUGAGUCCUCACGAGGCGAGCAAUGGGGCAGGUGGCCUCGUCCGGAUGGGCUCGCAGCCGUUUGUUCCCGGUGGCAGCAGCGGGGCGGCCCCGAGCGUUGCUGCGGUUGGUGGAGAGCUGCAGGCUAUGCCGACCCACGGGUCGGAGCCGGUGGCGGUGCCUGGCGAGCGCGCAAUGACGCCGUCGGCGUCGGUUUUGGUGGGCAGCGGUGGCGGCGGGAAGAAGGCGGCGGGUGUGCCGGCGGCCAGGCGAAUGUCAGCCAGCAGCAGCGUGGGUGGCGAGGACACGGGGGUGGCGGCGAUGGGAGGUCAGGCGGUGGAGGCGGUGACGGCGGCAGGUGGAGGUGGUGGUGGUGGAGGCGGCCUGGGGCGCAUGGGCAGCCUGCCGCGGUCCGCGUCUACGAGUACGAUUGGAGACCUGGGAGAGCUGUCGUACAUGGGCGGUCUGCCGGGCGACAGCGGCCCCGAGGACAACGACGAGGCGGACGCGCGCGAGGAGGGCGACGAGGAGGAGCCCGACCACGACACCUUCCUGGCCUUCGUGGGCUCGGGCUCGCGGGGGCCGAGGGAGGCCAGCGGCACUGCCCGGCAGGGAGGAGGAGGAGGAGGAGGUGCGGGAACAGGCGGCGGCGUGGGCCGUGGCGUGGGCGGUGGGGGCGGUCUGCGCGCCGGCGGCGUGGGCGGGUAUGAUGAGGAGGGAGAGGAUAACGAUGGCGCAUACUACUACCGCGCGCUGUUUAGCCAUGGGGCAGCUGGCGAGGAGGGGCACCCGCCGCACCCGCACCCUCACCCGCAGCCCCCACAUGGGCAGCAGCGGCUGGCGGGGAUGAGCGGCCUUGUCGUCAAUGUGCCGUCGCCAACUGCGGCAGCCGCCGGCGCUGCAUCCAGCGCUUCGACCCCCACCACCACCGCGGCCGCCGCCGCCACCGGCGGCAUGGGAGCCGACGGCGGCGGCCCUGCCGGCACCGCCUACCCCGCGCUGUCACCCAGGUCGCGCCUCGGCAUGCCUCCCUCGGCUGCUCAAGCACCACCGCCGCCCUCUCAGCACCCCUCCUCUGCCGCCGGCGCCACUACCAGCCCCACCGGCGCCAUCAACAUCCCCUCCGCCGCCACCGCCGCCAACAGCCACCUCGCGCUGCGCUACCCAGACAGCCUCCUGACCAACGCAGCCGCCGCCGCCGCCGCGCCGGCGCACAUGCCCGGCACCUGGGCCCCCGGCGGCGCCACACUCAUGCUCCCAGACACCCUCCCGCCACCCACCCUCGCCGCCGCCACCCUCGGCACCUCUGUCGCGUUGGGCACCUCCCGACGUCAGCUCCUACCCAACGUACGACGUCGUCCCGGCGACCCCGGUUCCGCCACCGCGGCGGCGGCGGCGCUGUCCGGCGCCGCUGCCGCCCGCGGUUUCGUGCCGCUGCCGGGUCGCGCGCUGCUGCCUCCGGGUGUGAACGACACGGUCAUUCCCAUCUACGACGGCGAGCCCACCUCCAUCAUCGCCUACGCGCUGUCCACCCGCAGCUUCCAGCAGCAGCUGAAUGCGGGCUACAAGGCCAUUUUCGGGCGGGGGGCGCGAGCUGAGUCGGCGUCGUCCGGCAGCCGACCUGGCGGGGGCGAGCGGGAGCUGGUGCCCCUGCAGUUCCUGGACGGGGCCCAGGCAGCCCAGCAGCAGCAGCAGCUGUUGCAGCAGCAGCAGCAGGGCGGUCUGCGCGGCAGCAGCUGUGGCGGCGGGUUCGAUGACGCCGCGUCAGCGGGUGUGUUCCCAAGCGGUGCAUCUGCCACCAGCGGCGGCUCCCUAGCUGCGGCGGCUGCGGCUGGGGGAGCCUGUGGGCCAGCAGCUGCAGCAGCUGCAGGAAGCUUUGGCAGCUCUGUCAGCGGCUCGAGCAUCGCCAGCUCAGUGCCGCAACACGCCGGUAGUAUUGCCGCCUCAGCUGCUGCUGCUGCUGCUGCUGCCCCCCAGGCCGCCAGCAUUGCUGCUGCCGCUAGCCCUAGCACCACCGGCUCGCUGCCUCCCGUUCCUCCUUCCUCCUCCUCUGCGACAUCAUCUGCAGCAGCAGCGCCUGCUGCUGCUGCUGCUGCCUCUACCCCCCUCCCACCUCCACCUCCACCACCGCCGCAGCCGGGUCCCUCCGCCGCUCCGGACGCCGACUGGUGGACGGUCCUCACCUCAAAAGAAGCCUGCCACGUCCGCGUCGGCUUCGAGGAUGAGGCUCGCGGCAUGCCCUGGGCUCGCGCCAAGUUCAGCGUAACCGCGCAUUUCGCACCCCAGUUUGCGGAGCUGCGGCGCCGCUGUAUCGCGGGCGGGGAGGCGGCGUUCGUGGCUAGCAUGUGCCGCUGCAAGCGCUGGGAGAGCCGCGGCGGGAAGAGCAAUGCGUACUUUGCCAAGACGCGGGAUGACCGCUACAUCGUGAAGAGCUUGUCCAAGUCCGAGAAGGCCUCCUUCAUGAACUUCGCGCCGCACUACUUCGCUCACAUGGGGCGCCACCUGCUCAACCGCGACGCGCCCACCUGCCUCGCCAAGAUCCUGGGGGUCUACUCGGUGGCCUUCAAGCCGCAGCCGGG